CAACAGGUGUUAAGGCUUUGCUUCAUUUUUGAGGACUGCGUUGCAUUUUGCCGUGGCUUCCGAGAACAAGGAGCAGAUACCUUCUUUCUUCUUCAUCACACCACAAAAUUGCGACGUGGCGUCCCACAAGCCAUGGCGCGAUCUUUGCACGCCUUGUUUUUCCUCGCUGUUGUUUCCUCCAUAUUCAAUAGCAUCGUGUGCGUCUCCGCCUUCGUCCCUCCUUUGUCCCCUUUGUCUUAUACACGUCGCGAGCACCAUGGCCUGGUUGAUUCGUCAUUCCUCGUCGACCCCAUCACAGCUCCCCAGAACUGGCCCCAUGCGCCGCAGCUAUCUCGUCUACACAGCUCAUCGAGCAGCAACAGCCAAUCGGACGAAAAGAAUAAACGCUCGAAACGUCGACGGCGCAAGCAAGGGGGCGCCUCCUCUCCCUCCUCCCCCUCGGCGUUACCAAGCCCGUCUUCCUACGAUGCGAGCCUGGAGGAGCUGAUCGUAGACGAACGCAAGUCCGCACUGCCUCGUCUUGAGGACUUGAAAAUGCUCAAAAGUGGGAAAGCUGUAGGGCCUGACACGGGCAGUACGGGCGGAAAGCCCGGUAUCCUGAUGCCGCGAGAGCUGGAAGAAAUGAAGCAGAAAGAAAAGGCAAAACAGGCGACUAAAGGCGCACCAGCAUAUUUUGAUACAAUGACGAAGGUCACAUGGGCUGCGAUCGCCCUGCUAAUAUUGGCGGAGGUGGUGGCGCAAGUGAUCCCUAAAGCCUCCACAGUCACCCCGGGGGGGUAAGGAGGAAGCUGCCUGACCAAGGCAUUUGAAAAGGCGAAGUAAAUACGCAGACCAGAAGAAUUAAUGACCGACACACCCA